UUUGCAGCCCCACCUAUUCAAAAUGGCGAAAAGGUAUUUCAGCAGUUCUGAUGAAGAAGAUUUGGCGACUGAUAGCAAGCAUGCUCCUUUAAAAUCUAAAACAAAACGCAAGCCUACAGGUCACUGGAGCCAGGGGCUACUGAAGUCAAUGGAAAAUCCUGAUACAGUGGUGAAAUCAGACGAGAAAUGUGUCAUGAUCAAUGAUAUGUACCCCAAAGCAAGACAUCAUUAUUUGAUCCUACCAAGAGAAAAUAUAUCUGGAAUCAGUUCUUUGGGCAAACAAAACCUGGAACUCCUGCAUCACCUGUUAAAAUUUGGACAAGAUUAUGUAAAGACAGAACAUUCAAACGAUGAUACUCUAAUUCCAGACUAUCCUCAAUUCAAAUAUGGUUAUCAUGCAAUACCGAGCAUGAAUAGGCUCCAUAUGCACGUCAUUAGUUGUGAUUUCGAUUCUCCAUCGCUGAAAAACAAGAAACACUGGAACUCUUUCACUACAGAUUUUUUUAUUGAUGCAGCAAGAUUGAUAAAGAUGGUAGAGGAGAAAGGGAGAGUUGUUAUUGACAAGGAAUACUAUGAAAGCUUGCUUAAGAAAAAUUUGAGUUGUCACGUCUGUCGUAGAGAACAAAGGAAUAUGCCUACACUGAAAAGCCACAUUAGAACUCAUUUUAAAAAAUAACAUUGAUGAUAAGUAUCUCAUCCAUUUACUCACCACGCCACUAUUUUCACACCAACUAAGCCUUUCACAUUAAUUGAUUGAUUAUAUACAUAUUUACAUAAUGAUGAAUGGUGUAAAUCAUUCUUUGUGUUUCAUUAAUUUAUUACGUAAUCUA